CCAUUUUAGCUGUGCCAUAGGCUGCACUAAAAAAAGAAAAAAAGAAAAAAAAAGAAAAACAGAGCAGACCAGAGCUCUUUCAGCAUCCUUUCAGACAAGAGGUAGCCUAUAGCUCUGCUGCAGUGAGCACAAUAAAAGGACUCUCCAAGCAUGGCAACCUUCAACAACAGUCACUGGAACGAGACUACGUCCCUUUUCCAAUACCUUGGUUUUCAAGUGCAAAAGAUUUACCCUUUCCAUGAUAACUGGAACACUGCCUGCUUUAUUAUUCUGGUUAUAUUUAUCUUUACUGUCGUUUCUCUGGUGGCGUUGGCUUUCCUUUACGAGUUGCUUGACUGUUGCUGCUGUGUGAAAAAUAAAACCAUGAAAGACCUAGAGAAUGAAUCCAACCCAGUUAGAACCAUGAUGGGCAGCUUUAGAAAGAGAGAAACAGAAGUGGUGUAAUAAUGAUUGAUCACUAGAACUCACAGAAGAACCAACAAACAAAAUGAAGCCUCUUGCAUCUUAUGAGCAAGUCAUGUGCUUUUUGGGUCUUAACAAUCAUUAUUAGCAACAAUUAUUCCACUUCUGGAUGUGAACUUGAAUGGCUAGCAAAAUCUUUAUGUGGCCCACCUGUUACAAUGUUAUGUGGGAAGAAAGUUUUUUGUUUUUAAAUGAACUUUUGUCAUCUAUAUUUGAUUACUAGAGUAAAUAUUUGUUCAUCUGAACAAUUCACAAUGUUGCUUAAUUGGAGAAAUACAGAUCAAUCUGAUUGUCACCCUCACCCCUGCCACCUCAUGUCUCCUCCUUGGUCUAUAGGCUUCUCCCAUAUGUUUGCCUGCCACAGCCCCAUGCAAUACACCUUAAUGUGAAAGGAUACUUCUGUCCAUGUGUGCCCAAAAUCAGGAGAGGUGGGUUGGAUUCCAGAAACUCCUUACCUAUCAGCACCUCUCCUUUUGGGGGAAGUCUGCACAAAAUUUAC